AGUCGGACACUCAUCGCCUGAGCGGAGCUGAGCGGCCAUCAUGUCGGCGAUGGGAACUCUCGCUUUCGAUGAAUAUGGCCGUCCCUUCAUCAUCCUUAAGGACCAAGACACCAAGUCCCGGCUCACAGGCCUGGAGGCGCUUAAGUCACAUAUCAUGGCAGCAAAGGCAGUGGGAUGCACAUUGAAGACAUCCCUAGGACCCAUGGGACUUGAUAAAAUGAUGGUCGACAAGGAUGGUGAAGUGACGAUCACUAAUGACGGGGCAACCAUUCUGAGUAUGAUGGAUGUGGAACAUCAAGUUGCCAAAUUGAUGGUGGAGCUGUCAAAAUCUCAAGAUGAUGAAAUCGGUGAUGGAACCACCGGUGUAGUUGUUUUAGCUGGUGCCUUGUUGGAACAAGCAGAAGGUCUACUGGAUCGUGGUAUCCAUCCCAUACGUAUUGCUGAUGGUUAUGAGCAGGCUGCCCAUAUUGCUAUUGAACAUCUGGACAAGAUUAGUGACAGUUUCCCUGUUGAUCCAGACAAAAAAGAGCCCCUGAUCCAAACUGCUAUGACAACACUUGGAUCUAAAAUUAUUAACCGUUGCCAUAGGCAAAUGGCAGAAAUAGCAGUGAAUGCUGUCCUAGCAGUAGCUGAUAUGGAGCGCAGGGAUGUAGACUUUGAGCUGAUGAAGGUGGAAGGUAAAGUGGGUGGAAAACUGGAGGACACACAGUUGAUUAAAGGAGUUGUUGUGGACAAAGAAUUCAGCCACCCACAAAUGCCAAAGGUUGUGAAAGAUGCAAAGCUUGCCAUUUUGACAUGCCCAUUUGAACCACCAAAACCUAAAACCAAACAUAAGCUUGACGUGACUUCUGUGGAAGACUACAGAGCGUUACAAAAAUAUGAAAAAGAAAAAUUUGAAGAGAUGGUCCGUCAGGUAAAAGAGACUGGUGCUAACCUGGCUAUUUGCCAGUGGGGAUUUGAUGAUGAAGCAAACCAUUUGCUUCUCCAAAAUGAGCUGCCUGCAAUACGCUGGGUCGGUGGACCUGAAAUUGAGCUGAUUGCCAUCGCCACUGGAGGUCGCAUUGUUCCGCGGUUUUCUGAACUUACAGCAGAGAAACUGGGCUCCGCUGGUAUUGUCAAAGAAAUGACUUUUGGAACCACCAAGGAUAGGAUGCUUGUGAUUGAAGAGUGCCAGAACUCCAGGGCAGUGACCGUUUUCAUCAGGGGUGGAAACAAAAUGAUCAUUGAAGAAGCAAAGCGAGCGCUUCACGAUGCUUUGUGUGUAAUCCGCAACCUUGUCAAAGAUAAUCGCAUUGUAUACGGUGGCGGUGCUUCUGAGAUUGCUUGUGCUUUGGCUGUUAAUGAGGCAGCAGAUAAGUGUCCCACUUUGGAGCAGUAUGCUAUGAGAGCUUUCGCUGAUGCCUUGGAAGUGAUUCCAAUGGCACUGGCUGAGAACAGUGGCUUUAGUCCAAUCCAGACCAUGACAGAAGUAAGAGCUAGACAGGUGAAGGAGAACAACUCUGCACUGGGUAUAGAUUGCUUACACAAGGGCACAUACGAUAUGAAAAAGCAACACGUCAUAGAGACUCUCAUUGGAAAGAAGCAGCAGAUCUCUUUGGCUAAUCAGGUGGUGAAAAUGAUAUUGAAAAUUGAUGAUAUCCGCUCACCUGGAGAAACACAUGAGUAGACGGGAGGAGACGAGGAAGUACUGAUAGCAGAUUUAAUGUGCAGAACAGUUUCUGUUGACGAUUCUGUAUUCGGUUUUCUGUUCAGUUAUUUAUUUUUGCAUUGCCUUGUAGGCUCAGUGUAUUAGAAAGGCUGAAAAAUAAAAGCUCACUUGGACCAUU